AUGAAUCAAGAAAUCUACGAAGAACUGCUCUUCGCAAGUACUUUGAUAACCGACACUAAAGGUGAAUCAAUAUUUCGUGCUUUGAAGGAUUACUUCAUUGAAAAAGCAAUUACUUUAUCAAAUAUAAUAUCAGUAGCUACAGAUGGAGCACCUGCCAUGGUUGGACGGGUGUUAGCAAUACAUUGCGUCAUCCGUCGACAACAUUUAGUUGCUAAAAAUUUGAGUGUUAGAUUGCAUGAAUCACUUCAUUUAGUCAUUGAUGCAGUAAACCGAAUCCGAAGCAACGCGUUGAAUACGCGCUUAUUUGCGCAGUUGUGUGAAGAAAAUAACGAACACUUUCAUCAAUUACUCCUUCACACUGAAGUACGCUGGCUGUCGAAAGGCUUAUGUUUGUCAAGAUUUUUUGCACUUUUUGAGACUAUUUUAGAAUUUCUGGAUACUAAAGAUAAAAUAAGCUGCCAGGAAGACGACGUUUCAACUUACGUUCAACAUUUAAAUGCCCUCUAUUCAGAUUUUGAAUCUAGGUUUGAGGAUAUUUUGACUAUGGUAAUACCACCGUGGAUAAUUAAUCCAUAUGGUGACAUAGAAGAAACGAAUGUCAUAGUACAAGAGGAACUGACUGAACUAAGUACAAACGAAGAACUUAAGGUUCAGUUUAAAAACGGAUAUCAGCAAUUCUGGCUGCAAAACAACAUACGCGUUACUUAUCCCGUAUUAUGGAAUAUAGCGAGGAAAUUUUUAAUUUCCUUUCCAUCGUCAUACCUAGUGGAAAGGGGGUUCAGCGCUGUAACCAAUCUCCUAACGAAAAAAAGAAACAGACUGGACAUCAUUAGCCGAUGA